UUACUCAAUAUUCUUCUACGUCAUUGAAUAAUUUUGAAUGGACAUUAUACGGAUGCCAGCAUUUUAUUUCAGUGAUACGUAAUUUAUACAUCUGGCACAUAAAUAAUUCAAUCGGAAUGUAGUGAAAUGUCAUGACUGACUGGACGUUGAACAACAUUAAUAUGUCUGAUGAACAUUAGCGUGUAAUUUGGAUAUAUAUCUGAAGAGUAAUAAUUCAAACAAUGCGAGGGGCUUCGCAUAACUUGAAUUUUAUGAAAACAUUUAAAAAAGAAGAAAUUGACACUUGGGGGAUAAGGGAGCAAAGACCCACCCGGGUUAUAUUAGAUUCUGCGUUAAAAUGGAGCACGUUAUAUUGAAUGUACAGUGUGCUUACAAAGAAAUGGGAGAUGCUGCGACAGAACGGAAGCCCUUGUUAUCGAAGUCGUCUGUAGGAGCAACCGGGCCACCCCAUGCUAGAUAUACUAGUGAGCUUGCAAGUGAAUACCAUCAAGUGAAAGAGAAACUUAUAACGAACAGAAAUAGACACAACUCAAUAUCAAGCAAUAUCUCAUCAAACGAAUCAAGUCCGCUGUUGUGCGGUGCCGACAAAGACAGUGACGUUGGUUACAAACAUUACAUUACAUACGGCGGUAUAUGUUCAGGCGUAUCCGGAGUUUGGGGUUGCGAUUCCCAAGUUGUCGUUUCCAGUUUGGAACCAUCGAUUAAUGCGAUAGAGGAAAGGCCUGAUGAUGACGAAAUCGUGGAGAAUACAGACGUUUUGACGUGUUCACCAAAUACACGGCUUUACAGAUAUGGUCUACUUGUGUUCUUGUGUAUUGCAGGUUUAUGUGAAUACAUCACCAGUGAAAGUCCGUCGGCACUUCAGAAGCACGUGGUAAAAGACAUUGACAUCUCCGAGACGCAGUACAUGGGCUUUUACUCCACCGUCCAGUGGGCGGAAAUCAUCUCAAGUCUCGCGGGGGGCUUUAUAGUGGACCGGAUUGGCAACCCCAUCAGUCUGGUUACCUCCGCCGGAUUGAUCACAAUCGCGCAAACGAUAUUUGCCGUAGGGGCUCUUCCCCGAAACUAUGGAACGAUGUUGGGCGCUCGCAUAUUCCUCGGGCUCGUAUCAAGUACUUUGGUGAUCGCUUGUGACAACUUGGUCGUGAAAUGGUUCCACAUGAAGGAAUUGAACAUGGUGCUGGGUUUGAAAAUCAGCUUUGCCCGAGCGAGUAGCGUUAUGACACUUAAUAUGAUGGACCCCAUAUAUCAACAACUGUUGACUCGCAAUGUGCCAUGGAAAGCUCUAGGAUUUACCUUGUUAGCAGGCAGUUGUAUAGCAGUGUUGUCGACGUUAUGUUCUGUGUUAGUUGCGAUCAUGGACAAACGAGCAGACAAACUAGGGUUCAACAAGAAUAACAGCAACGAUGAAAAUGACAACAAGAAAGAGACAGAGGAGAACCAAUCUAUGACCACGUGUUCAGACGUGCGACGCUUCCCAGCCUCGUUCUGGCUCAUUGGUAUCAGUGCAUCUCUCUACUACAUGCAGUUGUUUCCUUUCGUUGCCCAGGGAGAGCUGUACUUUGUAAAGAAAUACGACCGAUCCCUGGAUGAAGCGAACGCAAUCAAUAGCAUUGUUUUCCUCGUCGGGGCAGUGACGAUACCGCUUUUUGGAGCCGCAAUUGACAAAGUGGGCCGAAAUCUUAUCUGGAUGUUGACCGGACUGUUCCUCUCUUUGGCCAGUCACCUUUUACUCACAUUCACAUUUGUAGAACCGUACGCAUGCACGGUUUUGUUAGGACUCGGUUAUUCACUGGUUAUGACCACUUGGCAGCCGCUUGUGACGUAUGUUAUAGCGCCCAAUCAUCUGGGAACCGCGUUUGGCAUUGCGUUUACAAUAAACUCAGCGUGUCAGGCCGUGAACGCCUAUAUUACAGGCUACAUCGUAGAUAACAUGGGCUAUUUUGUGCUGAAAGUCUUCUUUAUUAUGUGCACCACUUGCUCGAUCGUAUUCACCUUAUUGCUGUAUUUGAGAGACGCAUCUUCAGGGGACUACAUUUGCUAUGACAGUCCUUCUGGUAUCCAACGGCAUGUCAUCGAGGAUAUGGGCAUAUCAGAGACGCAAUACAUGGGCUUCUACUCCACGCUACAGUGGACAAACAUACCGUCCUCGCUGUUGGGUGGAUUUCUAGUUGACAGGAUUGGAAACAGACUGAGCAUGCCGAUCUCCACGGGACUAAUUGCGGCUUCUCAUGCUCGUAGCCGCCCCGUCGGCCAUUGCAAACGACAACUUGACGGUGAAGUGGUUCCAACAAAGCAUGCUCAAUAUGGUGAUGGCCAUGAAGACAAGUCAAGGACGGGUGGUUCAUGUUGUGGCCUUCUGUGCACGUUAGCGGCGAUAUUGGCGGCCGUCAUUGACCGGCGUUCUGACGUACAAAAACUUAUUGAUCAUCCUCCAGUGGCUAAUGACGAUAGCAAAAAAGAGGAAUCAAAGUUUAUCCGUAUAUCUGAUGUAAGGCGAUUUCCGUUCACAUUCUGGCUUACUGCCAUCAGCUCCGCUCUCUUCUACCUGCAGCUUUUCCCCUUCGUGACACAGGGAGAGCUGUUCUUUGCAACGAAGUAUUCAAGAAGUCCGAAAGAGGCAAAUACUAUAAACAGCAUGGUAUACAUGGUUGGAGCGGUUUCGAUGCCACUGUUCGGUGUUGCCAUCGACAGAGUGGGUCGUAACCUGUACUUCCUGAUGACCGGCCUCGUCCUGGGGCUGACCAGCCAUAUCAUGAUGACCUUCACCUUUGUGGAGCCGUACGUAUGCACGGUGAUUCUUGGUCUAGGAUACUCCUUGGUAACCACCACAUGUUGGCCCCUGGUGUCCUACGCGGUCCCUCUGAGGUACCUCGGCACUGCGUUCGGAAUCAUGGGCACCAUUAUUUCUGUGGGGCAGGAUAUUGAUACGUAUUUUGUUGGCUUCAUCGUGGACACUGCCGGCUAUCUGGUCCUCGAAGUGUUCUUUACCAUGUGCGUCAUCUGUUCAAUGAUAGCAGCUGCGUUGUUGUAUUUAUGGGACGCGUCAACAGGUGGCCUUCUGAAUCUAAGUACAAAACAACGUGCAGUUUUUCUCAAGCAACAUGUGUGAGACAGACUUUGUAGAAAACGUUCAGAUUUGUUGUGAGAUUUUAAAUUUAAUUUGAUUAAAUUUCGGCGUGUUA